GAACAACACAUUAGCUUCGUUUUGAGUUUUAACAACAUUGAUUUUAUCUUCAACCACGGAGAAGCAGCUCAUUUCCAGAGUGACUUGUCGGCUCUCGGCUCCGAGGUCAGAAUCAGAUUGCUGUCAUGGCGGAGAAGCCUACGAAUGAGACUAUCCUCCAGCUGCUGAAACAUGGAGCUGCUCACUUCGAGCUCGUUCCCUCACCAGUCCCCUCGAUUUCAGCUACCCCGCCUCAAAUGCGUUCCGUCCCCUUCUUCGCCAACAAUAGCCAUCGGUUCUUCGCUCGAAUUGGACCAGCACUAGAUAGGGCACCCCCCGAGACGAAGAAGAAGUUGGAGCAAUAUUCAGUUCAGAAAGUCACCGGAGAUGGCCGCUGUCUAUUCCGUGCGUUGGUAAAAGGAAUGGCUUUGAACAAGGGUAUUCCGCUUAAGCCACGGGAAGAGAGAGAUGAUGCAGAUGACUUGAGAAUGGCUGUUAAGGAGAUUAUUUGCCAAAGUGGUAAUGAACGCCAACAGUACGAAGAAGCAUUGAUUGCAAUAACAGUUGAUGAACCAUUGAAGCGUUAUUGUCAAAGAAUAGGACGUCCCGACUUCUGGGGUGGGGAGUCGGAGCUUCUGGUACUCUCAAAAUUGUGUAGACAACCAGUCAUAGUUUACAUUCCAGAGCACGAGCAUGUGAGAGGCGGAUGGGGCUCGGGAUUUAUCCCAAUAGCUGAAUAUGGAGGCGAGUUCAGCAAGGGCUCCUUCAUGGGCAAGCCGAAGAAAGCUGUGAGGCUUCUUUACAGUGGCAACAAUCAUUAUGAUCUACUCGUCUAGAGUUCCAUUUCCUGUUCCCAGGAAGACUACGUUGUAUGCUCAAAUGUCUCCCAAAAGAAGAGGUAGAUCAGAAUUUCGUUCAUGGAGGCUACAAUGACACAGUGCUGCCCCUCGUUCUGGAGCUUGUUCCAGACAAGUUUCUCAAUCUCCAGAUUAUCCAAUUAACGUGUUAGAUUUGCCUAUGGUUUUGUGCAACGGUUGAUGAAUAUAAACCUGAACUUAAGAUUCCAUUGUACAAUUUAAUAAAUUUGGAGUCAUGGUUCAAAAUGGAAGAAAGGGGGGAAGUUUGAUA